GUAUCAGCGAUUACCAGAAUGGCUCAAAACAAAAGUUCCUGUCGGUGCAAAUUUCACUAGAAUAAAAAAUGAUUUGCGUGGAUUGAAUCUUAAUACUGUCUGUGAGGAGGCGCGAUGCCCAAAUAUUGCUGAUUGCUGGG